AUGGAGGCAGACUAUCAGCGGACACUGGCUGCAGAGCCGACAGCACCACAGUCGCUUCAUCCAUCGGGCAUCCUUCGUGAGCAGUCUGACUCGGCUCCUGACGAUAUCAGCAAGCGCUCAUGUGCGGAGACGUGUCAAGCCGGUGAUUGUCUGCAGAAGGUGCUGCACCAAUUGGUUUACACGCCGGUGCGCAUGAUCUCUGACGAGACUGUUCUCCAAGCCGUCACCAUUGGAAAGGACGUGGUUGCUCCCGAAGGAGCGUGCUUGUGGCUGGAGGAUCUGGCUACCAUCACUUCUUCUUUCUCAACGUUUAUUGAGUUCUACGAGAAGCGAGAUGUUGGCCUGAUGUCCGUGGUGCUGCGCUAUAUCCUCAUGGAUGGCUGUGCAGCCGGGCGCUUGGCGGCAGAGAAGGACAACGGUUUGUACGUCAAGUCCAUGAUUGACUUCUCGGCGCGGCCUGGUCGUGAUGAGCAGGAUGUCCAGCUGGUGCUGCCGCCUGUGUGGCGUGCCUGGGAGCAUGUGCCGAGCAACUUCCAUGGAAGCACGCUUGCCGGAGCUGUCCAGAUAUGGGAUGUGCUACGGGUGUACACGUUUCCAGCAAGACAGGCCGGCAUUUUCGUAGACCACGAGAUGCUCCCGCUCUUCCCGGCAUCCACGCGGCAGGUGUUUGCAGAGGCGGGGAAAACGCUGAACAUCUUCGAGGAAGAGAACGGGAAUGUUCUGCCGGUGAAUCAGGCCAAGGACAUGCGUGAAGACAAGCCGAAGCGUGCCGGGCGCAAAGCGGAGGGAGAACCUGUUACUCAGAUGCUGAACUUGCUUAUGUCUUUCCAGGAAGCUAAAGACCUCAAUGUGUCAGGCUCAGGUGUCCUGCAGAACAUAUUCGACAAUCCUCUCACACAGCUGCCAGAACGAGUCAUGGCCAAACAGCUGGUGAAUGCUUGGUCAGCACAAACAAGAGACGCAGCAGAGGUCUCCAAGUACUCCUCGCGGAGCUGGCCGCCCAGAAGGAGCUUCGCCUUUAGCCAAAGUAGCAGGAUCGAUCCAGUGGGCCAGCGCAG